AUGAAGAUAAUGUAUGGUAAUGAAGAUUUGGAGCAGCAAGAGCAUGAGAUCUACACUUAUCAAGCUCCAUUCACUAAAGUGUGUAGCGAGGGUGUUCUACCCGUUGCUCAUAAGUUAGUGAAAGGCGUACUUUUAAAAUCUGCAGAGAAGCUAAAGCCGUACAUGAUGCCAGCUUUGACAUCUCUUGGUGAAUCAUUAGAUAUGUACCAUAAAGUUGUGGCUGCAGUAUGUGACGGCACAACUGCUAAUAUCGAAAAUAAGGAUGAUGAUGAAGAACCGGCUAAUGAGUGCAAAUUGGAAAAGGGGUCCGUAGAUGAGGCUGAUGAGAGCAAGCUUACAACAGCAACAUCAGAUCAUGUGGACCAAGUGGUAAAAUCCGAUACGUGUCCUAAAGAAGAGGUAGACCCUACAGUGGAGAACAAAUCUCCAAAAUCAGUUAUGAGUAACGGAGUAAAUGAGACGGUUAAGGAAGAAGCAUCAGUUGACCAAGAGUCAAAGAAACUAGAGGAAGAAAAAACUCAAGAAUCGCUUAAUAAAUAAGACACUGACGAUUAUGAUGCUGACAAUUAUGUUUUUUACAGUUAUUU